GUUAACCGAAAAAACAACACCACAAUUGUUUUCGCAGCGGUGGACGAAGCAGGCCAAAGGCACGGUUGAGAGGAUACAGACAAUUCAGACGGCCUUCCAUCGCACCGAAUCACUCCACGUGUCCUUCCGACAACCAAGCCUUCUCUCUCUACUGUCUACUCAGGAACUCACCCAACCUGUGCCCAAAACAUCAACGCAGUGCUGACUCCGUUUCUCUCUCUCUCUAACACACUGAAUUGAGCUACAAUUCAUUCUCAACCCUUCUUUCAGCAAAUCUCUAUAUUUAUCCAUCGAUUCCGCCAUGGACGCAGCUUCUCAGCUCGUCUACUGCGGAGUCGAGCCUUUUUGUCGAACGCUUCAUGCUUCUUCUUCCAAGAAGAUGACCGUUUACCGUCAAUGUCCGAGUGUAAUUGGGGUUCGGAGACGGAACGGUGUCGUACGAGCUGUCGCAACGAAGCCUAAACCAGCGGAGGAGGCUGGACCUUCACGGCCAUCGCCGCCAAAAGUCGUCAAUGGAUCUUCGAGAUCGCCAUCGUCGUCGAAAGCGGUCAACGGAGCUUCUACGGGAAUGGGAGCUGUUUCGCAGGAGAUCAAAAGAGUGAGAGCACAGAUGGAAGAAAACGAAGAGUUGGCAAUACUUAUGAGGGGGCUUCGUGGUCAGAAUUUGAGCGAUUCCCAGUUCGCUGCCGACAAUGUUCAGCUUCGCUUACUUGAGCUUGAUGAAAGCAGCAAAUUUUUGCCUUUGGUGUAUGAUCCUUCUAGCAUCUCUGCAUACUGGGGGGGACGACCACGUGCAGUUGCAACCCGUAUUGUUCAGUUACUAUCCGUUGCCGGAGGUUUUCUUUCACGUCUUGUUUGGGAUGUAGUAAACAAGAAGGUCAAAGAGAAUGAAGUUGCUCGAGCAAUUGAGAUAAGAGAGAUUGUAACCUCUUUGGGUCCAGCAUAUAUUAAACUUGGGCAAGCAUUGAGCAUUCGUCCCGAUAUACUUUCACCUGCAGCAAUGACUGAACUGCAAAAGCUUUGUGAUAAGGUUCCAUCAUAUCCAGAUGAUGUCGCGAUGGCCCUUAUAGAGGAGGAGCUUGGUCAGCCAUGGCAAAACAUCUAUUCUGAACUCAGUUCCUCCCCAAUUGCUGCUGCAUCUCUUGGACAGGUGUAUAAGGGCCGUCUAAAAGAAAAUGGAGAUCUGGUAGCUGUUAAAGUACAAAGGCCUUUUGUUCUUGAGACUGUAACAAUUGACUUAUUUAUAAUACGGAACUUGGGAUUAGUUCUUCGGAAGUUUCCUCAGAUCUCAGUUGAUGUUGUUGGAUUGGUUGAUGAAUGGGCUGCCCGUUUCUUUGAGGAGCUUGAUUAUGUUAAUGAGGGUGAAAAUGGAACUCUCUUUGCUGAGAUGAUGAAAAAGGACCUUCCUCAGGUGGUUGUGCCAAAAACCUAUGUUAAGUAUACUUCACGAAAGGUUCUAACUACAUCAUGGGUAGACGGGGAAAAGCUGUCACAAAGUACAGAAAGUGACGUCGGGGAACUGGUCAAUGUUGGAGUCAUAUGCUACCUGAAGCAGUUGCUUGAUACUGGUUUCUUCCAUGCUGAUCCACAUCCUGGGAAUAUGAUCCGCACUCCAGAUGGGAAACUAGCUAUACUUGACUUUGGCCUGGUCACAAAAUUAACAGACGAUCAGAAAUAUGGAAUGAUUGAAGCUAUUGCUCACCUUAUUCAUCGGGAUUAUGGAGCUAUAGUCAAAGACUUUGUCAAACUUGAUUUCAUUCCAGAAGGAGUUAAUUUGGAACCCAUUUUGCCUGUACUGGCCAAAGUUUUUGACCAGGCACUUGAAGGCGGGGGAGCAAAAAAUAUCAACUUUCAGGAGCUGGCAUCCGAUUUGGCUCAAAUAACGUUUGAUUAUCCAUUUAGGAUACCGCCUUACUUUGCUCUUAUAAUUAGAGCAAUAGGGGUGCUAGAAGGAAUAGCUUUAGUGGGGAAUCCAGAUUUUGCCAUUGUAGAUGAAGCCUACCCAUACAUUGCUCAGAGGCUUCUGACUGAUGAAUCGCCACGCCUAAGGAAGGCUUUGCGUUACACUAUAUAUGGAAAAUCUGGAGUUUUUGAUGCUGAAAGAUUCAUAGAUGUUAUGCAAGCCUUCGAAAAUUUCAUAACUGCCGCCAAAAGUGGAGGUGGGGAGGAUCUGAAUGGGGGGAUGGCUGAGCUUGGCAUCCUGCAAAGUCAAAGUGGUUACAUCUUUCCUGGAUUUCCAUCAAGCACAUCUCAAUCAGAGCAGCCAAUUCAAACCAGGGCAGCAUUAGCAUUUCUGCUAUCUGAGAAGGGGAACUUUUUCCGAGAAUUUCUCUUGGAUGAGAUUGUGAAGGGCAUUGAUGCACUUACAAGGGAACAGCUAGUACAACUAAUGGCAGUCCUAGGAAUUGGAAAUGCUGCCCCAGUUUUCAGCAUGGUUCCGUCUUUGGGACCUAUUAGACCUGCAGCACUUUUACCAACCAUAACUGACGAGGACAAAGUCAUAUUGAACAAUGUUGAAAAAGUAGUUGAAUUCUUAACUGCAGGGAGUUUAACAUCAAGAUCAUCAAAUCAGGGUAUUAAUGUUAUUCGGGUGAUUCAAGAGCUUCUUCCAGUUUUGCCAGGGCUCUCCUCGGUGGCUCCGGAGGUCCUCAGUCGAUUGUCUUCUCGAGUAUUCGCACGCUUAAUUCGGGAUAUAUUUUUGCAAUGAAGUUUCUGUAGCCUUGCUGCUUAAGGUCCCUCAAUUGUGCAUAUGUUGUACAAAUUAUUGAGAUCAUGUAUAUAUAUAUAUAUGCAAAUUGGUCUCACUAAUCCAUGUCUGUUGCAUUUAUUUAUCUCACUGCUCCCACGCAAACCAAUUGAUUGAAGUCUUAGUUCUUGUAUGUCAGAUCAAAUGACUCUGAGAUGUAAAGUUCGAUGAUAUGGAAAUUCACAGGAAAUCUAACAACGAUGUUAUGCAAUGAAAGAAGUUAUAACCACACUUUACUUUUGUUCUCCUGU